GUGAUCCAAAUGGCUCGUUCCAAGCAGACCGCACGGAAAUCCACCGGAGGAACAGGGCCCAGGAAGCAACUAGAGAUCAAGGCCGCCCGCAAAUCUGCCCUGCCCACCGGAAAAGUGAAGAAGCCCCACCGUUACAGGCCUGGAACUGUUGCUCUAAGGGAGAUCCGCAAGUACCAGAAGAGCACCGAUCUUCUCAUCAGGAAGCUUCCAUUCCAGAGGCUGGUCCGGGAGAUUGCUCAGGACUACAAGGCCGAUCUCCGCUUCCAGAGCUCCGCCGUCUGGGCCCUUCAGGAGGCCGCCGAGGCAUAUUUGGUCGGGCUCUUCAAGGACACUAACCUCUGCGCCAUUCACGCCAAGAGGGUGACUAUCAUGCCAAAGGACAUUCAACUCGCACGUAGGAUUAGAGGCGAGAGGUCUCACGUG